AUGAUUCCAAACUUCAUUAAAGAAUCAAUCAUAUCAAAUCCAGUUAGUAUAUGGAUGGAACAACAUUUAAGAGAUUUAUUUGUUGGAUCUCUAAGAACUGGUCAAUUACCAAAUCAUGUUGCUUUUAUUAUGGAUGGGAAUAGACGUUAUGCUAAAAAUAAUGGGAUAGAAGUUUCUAAAGGUCAUGAAGCUGGUUCAAAAAGUUUAGUUCAUAUAAUUGAUGCAUGUAAUCAAUUACAUAUUAAACAUGUUAGUUGUUAUGCUUUUUCAAUUGAAAAUUUUAAUAGAUCUCCACAAGAAGUUGAUACAUUAUUUGAAAUCUUGGUUGAUAAAUUAAAUUUAUUUUUAGAUAAUGAAAAAGAUUAUAAUAAAUUAGUUCAAAUUAGAAUUAUUGGUAAUAAAUCUUAUAUUCCAAGAGAUACAUUAAUUAAAUUAGAAGAAAUUGAAAGAUUAACUCAAAAAAACAAUGAUUUGAUCUUGAAUGUUAAUUUUUCUUAUACUUCAAGAGAUGAAAUUACUCAUUCAAUAAGUAAAAUUAUUGAUAAAUCUUUAAAUAAUGAAAUUAUAACCAAAAAAAUUGAUAUAAAUGAAUUUCAAAAAAAUUUCUAUUAUCCAGAAGAUACACCACCAGUUGAUUUAUUAAUUAGAACAAGUGGUCAUACAAGAUUAAGUGAUUAUUUAAUUUGGCAAGUUAAUGAUGAUCAAAUUUCAACAAUUGAAUUUAUAAAUGUUUAUUGGCCAGAUUUUAAAAUUUUACAAUUUUAUUAUUUAUUAUUAAAAUGGUCAUAUAAUAAAUCAUGGAAACAAACAAGGGAAGAAUGGUCAAAUAUUUCAAUAUUUGGUAAUAAUACAUUAAAUGAAUCUGGUAUAAAUUUAAAAGAUUUACCUAAUCCACCACCAUUAGUUUCAAUAUUAGGGAAAAAAUAA